ACCCCGUCUCCAGCCUUCAGGCGGGCUACGCACCGACUGAAAUUACGCGAACCAGUAGGCAGCCAGAGCAAGAAGGAGGGCCGAAGGCAGAGGGGAAAAAAAGAUAGAAAGAGUGACUGAGAGAAGUAGAGAGGGGGAAAGCGAACACUGUAGUUUAGCUUGAACUCUGCGAAGCUGCUGUCGACAAGAAAAGAAGUUUGACUCCUGGCGACGCUGAGCCACCCGGUUGUUGUUAGCCACCCACAGAAAGGCGUCCUGCAACCAUAAGCAGCCACCAUGUCAGACGCAGACAAGUUUCUCUAUGUGGACCGUAAUUUGGUCAACAACCCACUGGCACAGGCCGACUGGGCCUCCAAGAAGCUGGUAUGGGUGCCAUCAGAGCGCCUGGGCUUCGAAGUCGGCUCCGUGAAGGAAGAGCAUGGCGACGAGUGCGUGGUGGAGCUGGCAGACUCUGGCAAGAAGGUCAAGGUGAACAAGGACGACAUCCAGAAGAUGAACCCACCUAAGUUCAGCAAGGUGGAGGACAUGGCCGAGCUCACCUGCCUGAACGAAGCGUCUGUGCUGCACAACCUAAAGGAGAGAUACUACUCUGGCCUCAUAUAUACGUACUCCGGUCUCUUCUGUGUUGUCAUAAACCCCUACAAGAACCUACCCAUCUACUCAGAGGAGAUUGUUGACAUGUACAAGGGCAAAAAGAGACAUGAAAUGCCACCUCACAUCUAUGCCAUCACCGACACAUCCUACAGAAGCAUGAUGCAGGAUCGUGAAGAUCAGUCAAUUCUCUGCACAGGCGAGUCUGGUGCUGGUAAGACAGAGAACACCAAGAAGGUUAUCCAGUACCUUGCACAUGUGGCCUCCUCUCACAAGACCAAGAAAGAUCAGAACAGCUUGGUCCUGUCACAUGGGGAGCUGGAGAAGCAGCUGCUGCAGGCUAACCCCAUUCUGGAGGCCUUUGGAAAUGCCAAGACCGUCAAAAAUGACAACUCCUCUAGAUUUGGAAAAUUCAUCAGAAUUAACUUCGACGUCAAUGGUUAUAUCGUCGGUGCCAACAUCGAAACUUACCUGUUGGAGAAAUCCCGUGCCAUUCGCCAGGCCAAAGAGGAGAGGACUUUUCACAUUUUCUACUACAUGCUAACAGGAGCUGGAGACAAACUGCGCAAUGACCUCCUCCUUGAAAAUUACAACAACUACCGAUUCCUUUCCAAUGGGAAUGUCACAAUUCCGGGGCAGCAGGACAAGGAUCUGUUUACAGAGACCUUGGAGGCCAUGAGGAUCAUGAGUAUCCCAGAGGACGAGCAGAUCGGCAUGUUGAAGGUGGUGGCCUCAGUUCUGCAGCUUGGGAACAUGAACUUCAAGAAGGAGCGCCACACAGAUCAAGCCUCCAUGCCUGACAACACUGCUGCUCAGAAGGUGUGCCACCUCAUGGGAAUGAACGUCACAGACUUCACCAGGGCCAUCCUCUCGCCCCGCAUCAAAGUGGGCAGAGACUACGUCCAGAAAGCGCAGACCCAGGAGCAAGCAGAGUUUGCAGUGGAAGCCCUGGCAAAGGCCACAUAUGAAAGGAUGUUCCGCUGGCUCGUCAUGAGGAUCAAUAAAGCCCUGGACAAGACCAAGAGACAGGGGGCCUCCUUCAUUGGCAUCCUAGACAUCGCUGGCUUUGAGAUCUUUGAGCUGAACUCAUUUGAGCAGCUUUGCAUCAACUACACCAACGAGAAGCUGCAGCAGCUCUUCAACCACACCAUGUUCAUCCUGGAGCAAGAGGAGUACCAGAGGGAGGGCAUCGAGUGGAGCUUCAUCGACUUCGGCCUCGACCUGCAGCCCUGCAUCGACCUCAUCGAGAAACCUGCCAGUCCCCCUGGUAUCCUGGCUCUGCUGGAUGAGGAGUGUUGGUUUCCAAAAGCUACAGACAAGAGCUUUGUGGAGAAGGUGCUCCAGGAGCAGGGAACACACCCAAAGUUCUUCAAGCCUAAGAAACUGAAAGAUGAAGCAGAUUUCUGCAUUAUUCAUUAUGCUGGCAAGGUGGACUACAAAGCAGACGAGUGGCUGAUGAAGAACAUGGACCCUCUGAACGAUAAUGUGGCCUCUCUCCUCAACCAAUCCACUGACAAGUUUGUGUCUGAGCUCUGGAAGGACGUGGACCGCAUCGUGGGUCUGGAUAAGGUGUCUGGCAUGUCCGAGAUGCCCGGUGCCUUUAAGACCAGGAAGGGCAUGUUCCGCACCGUCGGCCAGCUUUACAAGGAGCAGCUGUCCAAGCUUAUGGCCACGUUGAGGAACACAAACCCCAACUUUGUUCGUUGCAUCAUCCCCAACCACGAGAAGAAGGCUGGUAAACUGGACCCCCACCUGGUCCUGGACCAGCUGAGGUGUAACGGUGUCCUGGAGGGGAUCCGUAUCUGCAGACAGGGAUUCCCCAACAGAAUUGUCUUCCAGGAGUUCAGACAGAGGUAUGAAAUCCUCACCCCUAAUGCCAUCCCCAAGGGCUUCAUGGAUGGAAAGCAGGCUUGUGUACUCAUGAUCAAAACUCUGGAGCUGGAUCCCAACCUGUACCGCAUUGGCCAGAGUAAAGUCUUCUUCAGAGCAGGUGUCCUCGCUCAUCUGGAGGAAGAGAGGGACAUGAAGAUCACAGACAUCAUCAUCAACUUUCAGGCCUGGUGCAGAGGCUACGUGGCCCGCAAAGCUUUUGCUAAGAGACAGCAGCAGCUGACUGCGAUGAAGGUGAUCCAGAGGAACUGUGCUGCUUACCUUAAACUCAGGAACUGGCAGUGGUGGAGGCUCUUCACUAAGGUGAAGCCUCUUCUGCAGGUCAGCAGACAGGAGGAGGAGAUGCAGGCCAAGGAUGAAGAGCUGACUAAAGUGAAGGAGAAGCAUUUGUAUGCUGAGCAGCAGCUCCGUGAGAUGGAGGAAAAACAGCACCAGCUGAGUGCUGAGAAGAUGGCCCUUCAGGAGCAACUCCAGGCGGAAACGGAGCUUUGUGCCGAGGCUGAGGAAAUGAGAGUUCGUCUGACUGCUAAGAAGCAGGAGCUGGAGGACAUUCUCCAUGACCUGGAGGCCCGCGUGGAGGAGGAGGAAGAGCGCACUUCCCAUUUGAUGAUGGAGAAGAAAAAAAUGCAGCAAAAUAUCUCAGACCUGGAGCAGCAGCUGGAUGAAGAGGAGGCAGCCAGACAGAAGCUCCAGCUGGAGAAGGUCACUUUGGAAGCCAAGAUGAAGAAGGUGGAAGAAGACGUCAUGGUUUUAGACGACCAGAACAACAAACUAAACAAGGAGAAGAAGCUGAUGGAGGAUAGGAUCUCUGAGUUCACCACUAACCUGGCAGAGGAGGAGGAGAAGUCCAAGAGUUUGCAGAAACUCAAGACCAAACAUGAGGCCAUGAUCACAGACCUGGAGGACCGCCUGCGCAGGGAGGAGAAGCAGCGUCAGGAGCUGGAGAAGAACAGACGCAAGCUGGAGGGCGACUUCACCGAGAUUCACGAUCAGAUCGCGGAGCUGCAGGCUCAGAUCGCUGAGCUUCGCGCACAGCUGGCUAAGAAAGAAGAGGAGCUCCAGGCAGCUCUGGCCAGGAUUGAGGAGGAGGCUGCACAGAAGAACCUGGCUCAGAAAAAGAUCCGUGAAAUGGAGGCUCAACUCUCCGAGCUGCAAGAGGAUUUGGAGCUGGAGAGACAGGCCCGGACCAAAGCUGAGAAACUCCGCAGGGACCUGGGCGAGGAGCUGGAGGCCCUCAAAACAGAGCUGGAGGACACCCUGGACUCCACUGCCGCUCAGCAAGAACUGAGGACCAAACGUGAGACAGAGGUGGCGCAGCUCAAGAAGACUCUGGAAGAAGACGCCAAAGUCCAUGAAGUACAACUGGUUGAGAUGAGACAGAAGCAUGGUCAGGCCUUUGAUGAGCUCAAUGAGCAGCUGGAGCAGGCUAAGAGGCACAAAGUGUCGAUGGAGAAGGCCAAACAGGCCCUGGAGUCGGAGAGGAACGAGCUGAGCAUCGAGGUCCAGUCGCUGAUGCAGAGUAAAGGAGAUUCUGAACAUCGCCGGAAGAAAGCUGAAGCUCAGGUCCAGGAGCUGCAGCUGAAACACUCGGAGAGUGAGCGCCAGAGGAUGGAGGUGGCUGAGAAACUGACAAAAGUGCAGGCUGAGCUGGAUAAUGUAAACAGCAUACUGAGCGAGGUGGAGGGCAAGUCCAUCAAAGCAACCAAAGAUUGCUCUGCUGUGGAGUCCCAACUGCAGGACGUUCAGGAAUUACUCCAGGAAGAGACGCGUCAGAAACUGUCACAGGGCACACGCCUGCGCCAGCUCGAGGAGGAACAGAACAACCUGAGAGAACAGCUGGAGGAAGAAGAGGAGGCCAAGAGGAACAUAGAGAAGCAGCUUCAGACCGCUCAGGGUCAGCUUGCUGAAAUGAAGAAGAAGAUAGAGCAGGAUGCUGGGUGUCUGGAGACGGCUGAGGAGGGAAAGAAGAGAUAUCAGAGAGACCUGGAGGCGACCAGCCAGCGUCUGGAGGAGAAAUGUGCUGCCUUCGACAAGUUGGACAAAACAAAGACACGUCUCCAGCAAGAACUGGACGACCUGCUGGUCGAUCAGGACCACCUCCGUCAGAUCAACUCCAACUUGGAGAAGAAGCAGAAGAAGUUUGACCAGAUGCUGGCAGAGGAGAAGAACAUCUCCGCCCGCUACGCAGAGGAGCGCGACCGAGCCGAAGCCGAGGCCCGCGAGAAGGAGACCCGGGCUCUGGCUCUAACCCGCGAGCUGGAAUCUCUGAUGGACAUCAAGGAAGAACUGGAUCGUAACAACAAGCUGCUGCGGGCCGAGAUGGAGGACCUGGUAUCCUCUAAGGACGACGUCGGCAAGAACGUCCACGAGCUGGAGAAGGCUAAACGUUCGAUGGAGCAGCAGCUGGAGGAGAUGAAGACUCAGCUGGAGGAGCUGGAGGACGAGCUGCAGGCCACAGAGGACGCCAAGCUGCGUCUGGAGGUCAACAUGCAGGCCAUGAAGGCUCAGUAUGAGAGGGACUUGGCAGGACGCGAUGAAAUGGGCGAGGAGAAGAAGAGGGCGCUGGUGAAGCAGGUGCGUGAGAUGGAGAUGGAGCUGGAGGAUGAGAGGAAGCAGCGCUCGGCAGCCGUGGCUGCACGUAAGAAGCUGGAGCUGGACCUGAAGGAGUUGGAGGCGGCCAUUGACAUGGCAAACAAGAACCGUGACGAGGCCCUGAAACAGCUGAAGAAACUCCAAGCCCAGAUGAAGGAUCUUGUUCGGGAGCUGGAUGACACUCGCAUGUCCAGAGAGGAAAUCCUGGCCCAGAGCAAAGAGACUGAGAAGAAGAUGAAGGGCAUGGAGGCUGACAUGAUCCAGAUGCAGGAGGAGCUGGCGGCUGCAGAGCGAGUAAAGAGACAGGCCCAGCAGGAGAGAGAUGAGCUGCAGGAUGAGAUCAACAACCAGGCCACCAAGAAUGCUCAGGCUGCAGAGGAGAGGAGGCGGCUGGAGGCUCGUAUUGCUCAGCUAGAGGAGGAGCUGGAGGAGGAGCAAUGCAACACUGAGCUGGUCAAUGACAGACUGAAGAAGGCGGUGCUGCAGACUGACCAGAUGACCGUGGAGCUGGCUGCGGAGCGCAGCUCCUCUCAGCGUGUGGAGGGGGCUCGUGCUCAGCUGGAGCGUCAGAACAAGGAGCUGAAACUGAAGCUGCAGGAGCUGGAGGGCACCGUCAAGUCCAAGUACAAGGCAAACAUGGCUGCCCUGGAGGCAAAGAUCGCUCAGCUGGAGGAACAGCUGGACAUGGAGACCAGGGAGAGGCAGACUGCCACCAAGCUGGUGAGACGCACCGAGAAGAAGCUGAAGGAAGUCAUCCUGCAGGUGGAUGACGAGAGGCGCAACACGGAGCAGUUCAAAGACCAGGUGGACAAGGGCAACUCUCGUAUAAAGCAGCUGAAGCGUCAGCUGGAGGAGGCUGAAGAGGAGGCUCAGAGAGCCAACGCCAACCGAAGGAAGCUGCAGAGGGAGCUGGAGGACGCCACGGAGUCGGCAGAUGCCAUGAACCGUGAAGUUUCCUCUCUAAAGAACAAGCUCAGGCGUGGUGAUCUCCCCUUCACCGUGCGCCGCACUGUUCCCCGCGGCGGCAUCGAAAGCGACGAGGAGGCCGAACCCAAGAGCGAGACCCCUGAGCCCAAGCCUGAAUGAGCGGCGUCGCUGGACUCCGUAGAACUGCAUCAUAAAUAGACAGACCCAAAUACAUGAGCGCUGCCAUUACUGUAAUGGAGAGGAACACGAAUAUACGAAUGUUGCCGAAACCGGAGGCAGAGAUUCAGCUCAGUCCUGUCCGAUCUCUUUAAACGGUGACAAUCUAUGCAUUCUUAACACAUUUACGCACACAGAAGCCAGUAAACUCGGGCAGUCACCACACACACAUAAACACACUUGUUUUGGGCCAAAAUUUUUCCUUUUGCUUCUUUUUUUUUUUUUUUUUUUUCUCUGGGAAAAGUACAAAAGAAAGUGAUAUUUUUAUAAGGAAACUUUCCACUUACAAUAGUCCUGAUUUAGGAUCUAUUUUUCUAAUUGAAGAAAAAUGAAAAAGUAUGCGUAAAUAAAAAUAAAUGAAGACGAUUACUGGAAGGGGACCAAAGUAAUAUCUCAGUCUAUAGAAGUGUAUUUUAUGCAGACGUUUUUUUAUAAUGGUUAAGAAUGGAAGUGCUUCAUGUUUAUUAUGCUCGUGCUCUCGCCUCAAGUUAUAAAGGUUUAUACAGUAUCCUGAUAUGUAUUCUCUCAAUUUAGCUGCAAUUAGCACUCGUCACUAUGCUUUUGUCUAAGAUGUUUUUUUGUGUUACACAUUUCAUGUGGAAACGUAAAAUUAAAGGCAAACCUCAAGUAACGAUUUUAAGACUUAUUGACUUCCUGCACGUAUUUGAUUUUGUGUGAAAUUUCUUAAUUUUGCACUGAAAUGGCAAAAUUUCAGCGUAGAUGACAUGUACCACUGCAUUUGUGUGUUUAUCGUUAAAAUGGUGAAGGAGAAGCUUUGAAGUCUUGACAGUGCACAUGCUUAUUUAGUAAGUGCAUACACACACGGAUACACACACACUAAAGGCCUUAACUGCAGCUGAGACCUACUGGGCAAGGUUGUUGGCUUUUUUUGAAUAUGCAUUGAUUUUUAUGUUUAUCACUCUGUGUUUAUGUUCAGGUUAAAAUAUAAAUUGUGGGGUCCUUUUUUUUUUUUUUUGUCUUACAGCACACACUGUAUUCUCAGGGCACAGCUUGUUGAGAGAGGAAUAAAUGAGAUGGUCAUGUACCAAAGGCAUAUUCAUGAGAUAGGGACAUUCUUAACCACUGUAACCUAUAUACACUUAAUUGACUGGCCUCUAUGGCUUGUUAUACACAUUGGGAGUUGGUGUGUGUGUGUGUGGCCAGGUUUAGAGUAAAUUUGUCAGAUGAACAGUUCUGUAGAAAUGCAGGGUGUUUGUGGCAGGAUAGUGUGAACCCCUCACAGGCUGUGCCCAGGGUCAGCUUUUGGCUCACACUGCUGGAAAGUGAGAGGAAUGUGUUGUUACUUAAGAAUAACAGCUCACAAUUAAAUGGAUCACAUCUUUCGCACUCAAAGGCAAUUCUAAAAGAAAAACAAGAAAAAUGUCUGCAACUCUGGAAUGGAAAUCAUGUUGUGAAGUGUGAUAUUAUUGCAAAUAAAGAUGCUUUCGAAACUGC